GCCAGAAUUUGAUAAAGUAUACUAGCCAUUUCACUUCUUUUUCCACAUCACAUAUUUGAAACGUUCAUCAAAAUUCACCAGUAUGGUACUCUCAAGUCAGAAGACAGAACAGGUAAAGAAAAAAAUAGGCAAUUUCAACCUAAAAACGUCCAGCUUCUUCAAUCGGGACUUCCCUGUACACAUGUAUGUCUCAGCAUGCACCGGGCUGACUGUUGUCGUUGGAGAAGCUCAAAGUCCUAAAGUGUCUGCUUAUUUAAAUUUCGUCACUAAAGCGAGCAACCACGACGGCCUUCCUUACAUAGUCAAGCAUAUUGCUGCUCUCGGAAGUGAAAUUUACCCUUAUGAAGAUUUUCUGGAUUCAAUUUCAAAUAAGUUUCUCAUUCUAGACUCAAAUUCUUGGUUAGAUAUCGAUCAUACAUGCUUUUCAUUUACAACAUUGUGUGAAGAAGGUUUAUUGAUGUUGCUUCCGAUAUAUUUAGACCAUUUGUUUUUCCCAAGCAUAAAUAAAUCCACUUUCGCCGCAGAUAUCAAACAUAUUUAUGGAAAGGAGAUUGACAAAACGGAAGAAAUGCUCAAAAUGUACUUGCUCCGUCUCAUUUUCCCAUCAAACUCGGGCUACAGGUUUUCACCUUAUGGCGACAACAGGCGCAUAAAGCUCAGCACCCUUUAUGAUAAAGUAAUAAAAUUUCAUAGACAUCUUUAUCACCCAGAAAACUGUUAUGUGAUUGUGGCUGGUACAAGUGCAAAUAAAGUGAUUCCAGUACUCGACCAGCUUGAAAAAAAACUGUAUAAGAGCCAGAAUCUCAGACCAUCACUUAUUAAACCUUGGACGUCCGACAUCCCUCCUUUGGCAUUGGAGGAAGACCUUGAAACAAUAGUUUUCUUUCCUUGUGGAGAAUGUCCAGAUGGACACAUUCAACUGGCUUGGAGGGGACCAUCAAUUUCAAACUAUACAGAAAUAAUUGCACCUUCCUUAUUAUUGAGAUACCUAACUAAACCAAAUGGAAUAUUAGAAAAAGAAUUUGUUAAGUGUCCACAACCACAAGCUUCAAAAAUCAAUUUAAAAAUUGAAUUAUUGAAAGAAGUCAUAUAUAUUAUUGAGUUCUCUGGUGUCCCCAUUAAUAAAAUCAGCUCUUUGAAAAAUAAUGUUAUUCAAUUUUUGGAGACGACAAUUGAACAAGAUUCGCAAUUAUUUUCAAAAGAGAGGAUGGCGAAUGUAUUUAUUGAUGCAAAAGUCGACGUUUUUAAAGAGCUUGAAGAUAAUAUAUUCACAUCUUUUGCAAAGGCUGUAAUUAAUUACCAGAUUUACUGUCACAGAGACAAACAAUUUCAAGAAAGAAUGAACUAUUUAUACGAAGUGGAAUAUUUAGAACAAAAGCCUCAAGAAUUUUGGAUGAACAUGCUGAAGAACAGCUUCCUUAGCAAUAAUUGCAUUUCUGUAAAAGCUAUUCCAUCCGAGAACAAAAAAGAUGAGUUUAAAGAAAUAAUCGGUGACAGUAGCAAGUUAAAUUUCGAUAGUUUAGAAAGUUUGACAUCGUUCUAUAAAUGUUUAAGAAUGUAUAAAAAUAAAUUCAUUUUAAAAGAUGUUUUAAAAAUAUUGCCAAAUCCAAUUUGUAUGCAUUUCCAAUCACAUACAGUCGUGAGUCACAAUGAUCAAAAUGCAAGGGAAAGUAAAUUCCGAUUUGGAAUUGUACCAUGGAAUAUCCAUGUUAUUGACUCAUAUUCUAGCUACUUUGUUAAUAUUUUUACACUGAUUGAUACUACAAAAUUGAACCCUCAAUUUCAAUUUCAUACAACUCUUUUUAUUGAAAGCUUAGUCAAGAGUUCAUUUCAUCAAAAUGAUUCUGUAAUGUCGAUGGAAUUAGUUUCAAUAAACCGGGAAGAUGAUCUCGUAUAUUUAACACAAGGAAUAGGCAUUAAACCUGCUACAAAAUUCACUUGUUCAUUGCCAUCCAAUAUUAUUUGCAUUAGGAUGAAGGUAGCUAUUCCUAAUUAUGUCAAGGCUAUAAGGGAGCUGAAAGAUAUUCUUUUCAAUGCAAAUUUUACGGAAGAAGAUGUUACCAAAAUAAAUGACAGUCUUCUAGAUGAGGCACUUGAGUUCAAACAAGAUGGAAACGCGAUGGUUUUUCAAGUAAUGAAGGGAAUUAUCUAUAACAAUGCAAACAAUCAUUUUAACAUCAAUGUAUGUUUGCAAGAAGAUUUUUUGAAAAGAAAUAAACAGAAUUUGGAAGAGUGUAGUCAGGAUGUUUUGAACGAAUUGAAUAUAAUGAAAGAACAAUUAAUAAAUCCUAAAAAUGUGAGAAUAUUUAUGGCUGUCAAUUUGGACGUUCUUAGUGCUUGGUAUCCAAACCCAGCUUGUUUCUGGGCUGAUUUUUUCCCUAAGGAAAGAACUUGUAAACCGUUAAAUAUUGCUUGUGAGCAUGAAUAUAUUCUGGAAAACCCACAUAACUCAUGUAUCGUGGGUGCAUGUGAUGCUUGCUAUUUUUGCCUAUGCUCUCCGUGCGUUAUAGACUCAGAUGACUUGGCACCACUGAUGGUUUGCAUGGAUUAUAUAACAAGAUUUGAGGGAAAGCUCUUCAAGGAAAUUCGAGCCAAAAAUCUCGCUUACUUUUGCAGUGUUUUAAUAAGGCCAUAUCAAAGGAAGUUGUAUUAUACAAUUUACAAAGCAUACAAUCUAAUCGAAGCAUUUACUUAUUCUAAAGAAAUAUUUGGAGAAUGUGCUACGGACGAAGCAACAUGGGAUAUUGAAAUUUUGAACGAAGUUAAAAAUUCUUCUAUAAUGAAACUUUUUAAGUCUGCAAGCAAUAUUGAUGAAGCACUGCAAGAUUUAAUUAUUGAUUUUUACUGCAAUAAUAAACAAGAAACAAACAUUAAUAUUUUAAUAGAGAAGAUUCAUAAUGUCACAAUAGACGAUUUGAAAAGCAUUGCCAAAAAGAUCAUACCUCAAAUGUUUGAUUUUAAUGUUUCAAGAAUUGCAGUAGUCUGCAGCCAAGAGGAGCUUGAUGAGAUCCACAAAAAUUUUGAAAAGUUGGGCAUAGAAAUUAAUAAGUUUCCAAGUUUUCAGGAGUGCUUUGGCUUUUUAUUUUAAAAGAACGUCAAAAAAUUGCGUCUUCUUGUGAACACAGUUAACACUUUAUUGUCUCAAAAUAAAACUACACUUACACUUUUA